AUGCUUUCCACUUACUUACGUUCAAAAAAAAGUCGCCGACGACAUUCUACUGAAGACACUGCCUCAAACAUAUCGACUCCCUAUUCACAACAACGCCAUGCCACUGCCGACUUCACCGAAACAGAGGAAGAUGAUAUCUCAGACGAUGAUGAUAACGGAUCAAGGCGAGAUUCGGAGGAAGAUGAUGAAGACGAGGAAGAUGCCAAUGAAGAUGGAGAAGAGUCUCAUCUAUUACCGCUAUUUAGCUCAGCACAUCUUGAUUCUCUACCGGUUUAUAGUUUAACGCAUGCAAUUCGUAUGAUAGUACUUCCACGAACAGAAACAACUUUAUCAUGGGACCAGCUCCGAUCUCCCCAGGUAUCACAAUUCCUCGUCAAACCUAUGCAACAGCAAAUAAGAACAUCGCAUUUCUCCCGUGCCACUCUUUAUGCACUGAUGGCAAAUUGUCUCCAGUUUCAAAAGGAAAGUCAGUCAAACCCCGGGACUGCUGGAUCCAGCAAAACGAGAGCCUUGGUUUGUGAACUUCUAGCAAUAAAAUUACUCAAAGAAUAUAACGUUCGAGAGCUAAUAGAUGCUCUCUCAUACGAUUUCUUCCCAUUACAAGGUGUAGAAAAUGCCGCAGCAAUGGGCCGGUUUGGAAAGUUGAAUAGUCUCCCAGCAAUUGUCCGAAUAUCAACUCUAGAAAUAUCUAUUCGAGCUUCUGCUAAGAGAUUUCUGGCUCAUCCUCUUGUCAUACAACAACUAGAGUCAAUAUGGGCAGGAACAAUUGUGUUUCACUCGCAUGCAGACAACCUCCAUAGGCGCUUGCUAGAGGUGCCACGAAAUCCUGACGAAAAUACAAAUCUAGACCCUCACAGACAAAAUUUCAGUUAUGGAACUUCGCCCGUAUCGGAUAAACCAACAGAGCUGUCACACGUAGCUACAUCACGAAGAACUGUCACCAUGUAUGAUCCGCAGGACGCUUCCCUUUUCAAGCUUUCAAGACUGAGAGUUCCACGGUACCGUCAAUUCUUCUCGACAUGCUCUUUAGCCAUUCUACUUGGACUAUUUGUAGCUGUUCUAAACCGCCGAUCAACUAAUAUAACAACCCUAGAAGUCGUAUUCUGGUUUUGGAGUGCUGGCUUUAUGCUGGAUGAAGUAGUUGGAUUUAACGAACAAGGCUUCAGCCUCUACAUUAUGAGUUUCUGGAAUGCCUUUGACCUCGGAAUACUUCUACUUCUGAGCGUUUACUAUUGCAUGAGACUCUAUGGAAUAUUCCUAGUCGACACAGGGCGCCAAGAGUGGAACUCAAUGGCCUACGACGUUUUGGCCACAAACGCAAUAUUGUUGUUUCCUCGUCUAUUUAGUGUGUUGGAUCACUAUCGUUACUUUUCUCAGCUUCUAAUAGCUUUCCGACUCAUGGCAAUAGAUCUUGUUGCAGUAUUUGUUUUGAUACUUGUGUCAUGUAGUGGUUUUUUUGUUGCAUUCACCUUAUCAUUCAGCAAAGAUGGUUACAAUGCUGCUGAGAUUGCAUACAGGAUAUUCCAAAUCCUCAUGGGCUUCACUCCAGCCGCCUGGGAGGUUUGGCCCGCUUUUAAUCCUCUCGGUCGAGCUUUAAUGGUGUUGUUCUUGUUCAUGUGUCAUUUCCUUGUUGUUACAAUUUUGAUUACUGUACUAACGAACUCUUUCAUGGCCAUUGUUUCCAACGCAGAGCAGGAACACCAGUUUGUGUUUGCUGUGAACACAAUAAGCAUGGUCAAAAACGAUGCUCUUUUCUCUUACGUGGCUCCAAGUAAUAUUCUUGCUUGGUUUCUAACUCCUAUGCGCCUAAUUCUCUCAUUCAGGACUUUUAUUAGAGUGAACCGGAUGACUAUUAAACUCACACACUUUCCAUUACUUUUCGGAAUUUUUGUCUAUGAAAAGAUAUUCUUGUCCUGGUCAGUAUUUGAACCAACAUUUGUCGUGGAGAGAGAAAAAGGAAAAGGAGUUCAAUUUCAGGAGCGAAAACUCCGACUUCGACAAGAGUCAGCAGCUGGUUUCAAAGAUCGGGCCCUAGAGGAAGUAUUUCGAUUAGCACCUCGACCUGACACCCUGAGGAAGAAUUCGGAUCAGGUUAAAAGUCAAAACGCCAUUAAAAAUUGGAUGAAUCAACACACUCCUCCCCCUGACGAUGGUUCUGCCAUUGACCGUGGAGAAGCAAGACAGGCUCGUAUUAAUCGAGCUCUUUCUGGUACUAGAUCAGCGGCUAGCGACCCUGUUAUCACAACUGGAGCUUUCAGCUUUGCUGGCAGCUCAAGCGAUGAUGCUAUUGAUGAUAGAGAAGAUGAGACAGAAACACAUGACGACAUGACACCAAACCAGGCUAACUUUAAUGCGUCAAGCCCUGAAAGAAAUGGCAUCAGAAACCCCGAAUUACGAAAACUAAGAUCACCCAGCACAUCCGUAGAUAUUGGCAAUAGACCUUCACGAUCGGCAAAAUCACCCUUAAGGAAAUCACAUUACCGGAAUAUGUCCACAAACACAAUAGUUUUCAACCCAGUCUCUGACCCUGAACCUUCGGUAUCUCCUGCAAAUGCUAGACCUCCUACUGCCAAGAAAAUAGGGAUAGUGCCAGGUCUCACUCCAGAACGAAAGUCUCUCAAGCCGUCCGUAUAUGGCAAAUCUCACCCACGCGUUAUCAUUCCUCCCCGUGGAAUGAAUUUUAAUAUAAAUCCCACCAUGUCUAGAACUCGUCAAAUGAAGCAUAGGAGGUCGAGCCUUGAAAUGGUCACCUCACAAGUUGGUCUCGAUCCUGCAAUGUUAGGAGCUGUACCCAGCUCAUUUGCCACGCAGAUGGCCAUGGCUACUGGUGCACUAAAAAAUGUAAUGAGAGACCAGGAUAAUGAAGGAAUGAUGGGGAGACUAAUGUUGGCAAGAAUGAAAACAUUAGAAGAAGGGUUUGCAGAAGUCGUUAAAGAGUUUAGAGUGAUGAGAAACACAGGAAGCAGCUCGUCAGAAAGUAACUCUAGAAUUAAGACCAAACCUAUCGGUGAAACAUCUAAGGGGGUCAUUAGCGAUAAACUAGUAGUCAAGGGGCCACACAAGUAA